AUGUUUGUUUGUGUUUCCCCCCUUCCCACAACAUCCACACCACUCCCCACCGCACGGCAGGCGACCAGCAAGGUGCAGGCGUAUGAGUUUGCGUCACUCAAGGACCCCAAGCUGGAGGCACCGGAGGAGGCGGUGGUGGAGCUGGCAGACAUCGCUCUCGACUACGUCAAAGUGCCCGGCUCCCGCCGCCCCGACAUGAAAGACCUCGCACGCCGCCUGCAGGGCAUCCUCACCAAGUACUGUGCGGACGGUUCUUCCAGUAGCAGCGCCAAACCUGCGAUUCACGUGGAGGAGAGACCCGGCUUUGGAGGCGGCACAGCGUGGAUACGCUUGACCCUCGGUCCCCUUCCUCCCCUGGGGGACGGCUCUCAAGCCACACGAGGACCCUCGGUCCCCUUCCCCCUCUGGGGGACGGCUCUCAGGCCACACGAGGACCCUCGGUCCCCUUUCCCCCCUGGGGGACGGCUCUCAGGCCACACGGGGACCCUCGGUCCCCUUCCCCCCCUGAAGGACGGCUCUCAGGCCACACGGGGACCCUCGGUCCCCUUCUCCCCCUGGGGGACGGCUCUCAGGCCACACGGGGACCCUCGGUCCCCUUCCCUCCCUGGGGGACGGCUCUCAGGCCACACGGGGACCCUCGGUCCCCUUCCCCCCCUGGGGGACGGCUCUCAGGCCACACGGGGACCCUCGGUCCCCUUCCUCCCAUGGGGGACGGCUCUCAGGCCACACGGGGACCCUCGAUUUCAUCUUUCCGUUCAAGGGCCUCCUUAG